AUGUCUUGCAAAGUGCUAGGCGAGCUUGUUCUGAACUCGGUAGACCGGGCCGUGUGGUUGCGGCAUGCAGAGUGGACCGGUCAACUGGCGCUGGCGGCCUGCGUGAUGAUCAACUUUUUCUCGGAUGCGACAAGUCCAGCGGAGCACCCGCCGACCACUGGCAAGUCUGCCCGCCGCCGCGAUCCAAGUCAGGCCAAGGCGGCAGGCCUCACACACUCUGACUGCGCUGGGAAAUGGGCCGCUGUGGGCAGCCCAGAGAGGCCAGGCGGGCCAGUUGAGAAUUUCGGCCCCUUCAGCCCAGUCUUCGGGCAGCGAAGAGUGCAGAGUGCAGAGAGCCAGGCCCCGCCCAAGAACGUCGGCGCCAUCAGCGCUCCGCCUUCCUCACCACCAAGUCUCUGUACCCAACCCGUAUAUACCGUCAAGAUGGCUAAGUCGAAGAACUCGUCCCAGCACAACCAGGUGCGCAAGGCCCACCGCAACGGCAUCAAGAAGCCCAAGACCAACAAGUACCCGUCGCUGCGCGGUGUCGACCCCAAGUUCGUCCGCAACCAGCGCUACGCCAAGCACGGCACCGAGAAGGCCCUCAAGGCCGCUCGUGCCGAGGCAUAA